CACCUCCUUCACCUGGUGCACCCACCCCUCGGGCCCACCAGGUGAGGUGGGCGAGGGGUCCUUGACCGAGGUGGGCGAGCUCCCUGGUGGCAGCUCCUGCCUCCACACCUCCGUCAGACCUCACUGCCGACGGACGCCUGGCUAGUUACUCCUCCAGGACCUCCGGAGGAUAUCUAGGGCCCCUCCUGGUCCCCGAUACACAGACGUUUGCAGCAUGACGCGGGCGGCGUGGUGGUUGGGCGUGGUGGUGGUGGGCGCGGUGGCCGCAGUGUCCUGGGCGACGCUAGCAGACCGCAGAGCUCGAGUAGUGUGUUACUUCUCCAACUGGGCCAUCCACCGGCCGGGACAGGGCAGCUAUGGCAUCAAGGACAUUCCCGUCGACAAGUGCACACACAUCAUCUACUCCUUCGUCGGUGUCUCCAACGUCACCUGGGAGGUCCUUGUGCUGGACGAAGAGACGGACGUGGUUAACAACGGAUUCAAGAACUUCACCAACCUGGCCAAGUCCAACGGCGUCAAGUCCAUGUUGGCCAUCGGUGGGUGGGGGGAGGGAGGGAAGAAGUACUCGCAGAUGUCUGGGGUGCCACAGAGACGCGCCUCGCUCAUCGGUAGUAUCGUAGAGUACAUGAACCGGUAUGGCUUUGACGGCUUCGACCUGGACUGGGAGUACCCCGGGGCAUCCGACCGUGGGGGCACCUUCAAGGACAAGGACACCUUCAGGGACUUCGUGAAGGAACUGCGCGAAACCUUCGACCGACAGGGAAAAGGCUGGGAGAUCUCCAUGGCUGUGCCUGUGGCCAAGUUCAGACUGCAGGAAGGUUACCACAUCCAGGAGCUGUGUGAUUACGUGGACGCGGUGCACGCCAUGACCUAUGACCUGCGGGGCAACUGGGCCGGGUUUGCUGACGUCCACUCUCCUCUCUUCCAGCGACCCUUCGACCAGUGGGCUUACGAGAAACUCAAUGUGGCUGACGGCAUGAAGCUGUGGGAGACGAUGGGCUGCCCCAAGGACAAGCUGGUGGUGGGCGUGCCCUUCUACGGCAGGACCUACACCCUCGGCAGCAAGGACAACCACGGCCUCAGGGCACCAAUCAAGAAAUUUGAAGGAGGCGGCCUCCCAGGUCCCUUCACCGGCGCCAAGGGCUUCCUGGCCUUCUACGAGAUCUGUCCUCUGGUUAAUGAGCCUUCCUCGGGCUGGGUCAAGGAUUACGAUGAUGUUGGCAAGUGUCCCUACGCUUAUAAAGAUACCCAGUGGGUGGGCUAUGAAGACGCGGACAGCCUCAAAAUAAAGAUGGAGUUCAUAAUUUCCAACGGCUACGCCGGCGCUAUGACCUGGGCCAUAGACAUGGAUGACUUCAACGGCUUCUGCGGCACUGUGAAUCCGCUCAUUAACGUUCUGCACACUUACAUGAAUAACUAUGUGGUGCCCACUCCUCCUCCAACCACCACCACACAGAAGCCCACCUGGUGGUCGCCUGGCACCACCUCUUCCACAACCCCGUUGCCACUCGUGCCUUCAGAGAUCGACAAACCUGUAUUGCCAGGAGGUCCGCAGAUCAGCGGCGAACCAGUUAGUCAACCACUACCAUCUCCUCCCCGUCCUCCUCCUCCUCCAAGUGGGUCUACGAGUGCCAGCUGUGAUACGCAAGAGUAUCUCCCUCACCCGCAAUGUAAUAAGUACUUCUGGUGUGUGCAUGGGGAGCCGCUAGAGUUCUCUUGCAAGCAGGGCACUUUGUGGGACCCAGUUUCCAAGAUCUGCAACUGGCCACAUGCUGUUACAAGACACAACUGCAUCUAGAAGACAUGUCAUGACAGACAUGUCAUGUCUUUGAUGUGGUCAGCGGUGCAACAGUUGACCUCCAGUCAACGGUGUGACGUGAGGCAGCUGCGGACACAAGUGUAUUGACAUGUACAGAUUUGUUUAUUAUUAUUGUUUUUGUCAUAGUUUCUCAGUCUUAUUUAUUCCACUGAAUGUUUUUAUUAUUAAUAAACUUCUAUAAGAAAU